AUGAACAUAAAAGAACCGACGAUACUCCCGCUCCGUACGCACAUUCGUAUUAAUAGACCGCUUCCUCUCGUUCAAACGACACAACAAAACCACGCCUCAUACAAACGACUCGCCUCGCAAACGCUUGCGCAUUCAAGAACACGAGUCGAAUUCAAAGCGAUGACAACACCACACCUCUCUUUGUCGCCUUUUUUCGCGAGAACCGUCACCGCACUCGCGUUAUUUCGGACGAUCGCGCCGCACUUCGCGCUCCUCCGCGACGCGUUCGAAACGCUCGAGGAUGGUUUGGAUUCGAUUUUGAAGCGAAGUUUAAACGCUUUAAGCGCACCAAGAACGCAUCAAGAAGAGAGCGACGACGAGGAGGAGGAAGAAAUGCGUCUCGUGAAACACUCCGCGGAUUCUAUCGCGGCGCUGAGAGCGAUGGAAUACCGACGAGGGAGGAAAGCGUUGGUGAAGGAUAAAUUCGCCAAGACACUGGCAGGCAAAGCGGCGUACGCGAAGGCGAAACUAAAACUCCCGAUCGGAGAUAACGGACGGAUUGCCAUAAGGACCAAGUUCUUCGACGAGACGAUACGGAUGGCGAUGUACGAAAACCCGACGCACGUGAACUGGCAAAUCGUUUUACUCGGAAGCGGGAUGGAUACGAGGAGUUAUCGGAUGGAAAAUCCGCACGGGUUAAUCAAGACGGUGUUUGAAAUCGAUCACGAGUCCGUUUUGAAGAGGAAACGGGAGCUUUUAAAAGAGUGGCCGCAUUGCGGGCCGCGAGUGAUUUUGGCCGAGGAGCGGGUGGAAGUGUUCGCGGAUAUCAUGAAGGACGAUUGGAUGCGAAAGUUGAGAGAGAAAGGGUUCGACCACACGAGACCGACGGUGUGGAUGUUGGAAGGUUUGUUGUACUACCUAACGCCGGAGUUUGCGUCUGCAGUCGUUCGAGAGUGCGCGGAUGCUUCGGCGAGAGGAUCGUACAUCGUGGCGUCGUGCGUGAAUAAUUCCUCCUUGUACAGAGCGAUUUCAAACAGUUCGAGCGCGUAUAACGAUUUGGAGAAUCAAAUGACGCCGAUGCGAGAUCGGUUGACGUAUAAUAACGACGAUAUGAGUCCGUUGGCAUCGUCGUCGUAUUCGCCGCGGUAUUAUUUACACACCAGCGGUAUUGAUUACAGCAACGACCCGCAUCAUCGCAACGAGGACAAGAAUUCAAAGAAGAAGAAGAAGAAGACAAAAGACAAAAAGAGUAAGAAGAAUCAAAUGACGGCGAGACAAACCUGGAAAUCCGCGAUAGACACGCCGGAACUUUAUUUCCCAGCGCGAGGGUGGGAACGCGUCACCGCGUACCAACUCGGCGACGACGGGUGCGACUACGGCAGAUGGACGGGCAAACGCCCGACGGCGAGACCGCCGACGUGGAAGACGGAUUUAGAACCGAGAUCGUUUUACGUCCGAGCGGUGAAAGGCGGAUACACGCACCAAGAACUCGCGCCAAAAAUACCGGAGAAGAGCUCGUACGUCGCGUUCCAGGAUGACUCGUAUUCGAGUAAAAUCUUGCGCGCAGAUUUCGAGGAGGACUUUUUGGAUCACAACAACAACGACGACAACAACAACGACAACAACAAAAAAGAAGAAUCGUUUUCGUUCUUGGACGAAGACGAGUCUGGAUUCGUGUUAACGCCGUCCGCGAUUACCAUGCGAACGCCGCGAACGAGUUACACGAAAGCAGACAUUGAUAAAAUAUUAGCCCCGGACGAUGAAAUCGACGACGACGAAGCUCGAAUCAAGUCCGUCGGUCAAUCGGCGAUGGCUGAUUUCGAGGUCAAACUGAACGACGUGAUUACAGAGUUCGAUUGA